AUGCUGAGUCAGCUCGAGUGGCAUGAGAUCGUCGAGAUCGUCGCCCAGGCCGUGGUGCCCACCCUCCCUGCCGCGGGUUGCUCUCCGCAGGGCGCCCCCAGCGCUUCCGUGAGCCCCGCCAUCUAUCCGUCCCCAGCCGCCAGAUCGAGCACCCAAAUCGCCGCGCCGUUCCCGCCCUCCACCCCCAACCUUCCCAGCGCCACGCCUGCUGUGGCCAGUGGGUUCCAGAGAGCGACGGCGAGGAUGUCCGCGGGUGGGCGUUCCCCACGACGGCAGGAGCCCCCUGCCGAUCCGUCUCCAGCUGCGAGACUGAGCGCCCGAAGCGCCGCACCAGUCCUGCCGUCUGCCCCCCACAUUCCCAGCGCCCUGCCCGCUGUGACCGGUACCCCGCCUGUUGCGACCGGUAGACGCCAGCGAACAACGGCGAGGAUGUCUACGGGCGGGCGUCCCCCACGACGACAGGAGCCCUCCGUCGCUCCCUCCCUAGCCGCGGCAUCGAGUGCCCGAAGCGCCGCACCAGUCCUGCUCUCUGCCCCCCGAAUUCCCAGCGCCCUGCCCGCUGCGACCGGUGCCCCGCCUGCUGCGACCGGUAGACGCCAGCGAACGACGGCAAGGAUGUCUACGGGCGGGCGUCCCCCACGACGACAGGAGCCCCCCGUCGAUCCCUCGCUAGCCGCGCCAUCGAGUGCCCGAAGCGCCGCACCAGUCCUGCUCUCUGCCCCCCGAAUUCCCAGCGCCCUGCCCGCUGCGACCGGUACCCCGCCUGUUGCGACCGGUAGACGCCAGCGAACAACGGCGAGGAUGUCUACGGGCGGGCGUCCCCCACGACGACAGGAGCCCCCCGUCGAUCCCUCGCUAGCCGCGCCAUCGAGUGCCCGAACUGCUGCCUCAUCCUCUGCCCCCAAUCCUCCCGGUACCCCGUCUGCUGAGACCGGCGCACUUCCUCAGCGCCAAAGAGCAACGGCCACCUUCUCCACACACAUCUUCGACUCUGACGAUGAGCUUGACACUGUGUCCCUUGCCCGAUCCUACCAGCCAGCGGCUUCGAUGAUGCGACACGACACGACCAUUUCUGGGUCCAGCCUCUUCCGCAAGACCACGUUCCUCCAGAGCUCAGCUUCACCACGGAAACGACAGCGAGCAGCGGACUGGGGGGACAGCCUGUUGCAUGAUGAUCCACCGCUCAUACCUCUGCCUGAGCUUUUCAACGAGGGGGGGAACGACCUGGGGGCAGAAUUUGAAUUCGAUGAGGGGCAUCCUCCGGACAAGCACCCUCGACGUCCACGAGAUACGGAUCGCCCCCUGAGGAUUUGGCUUGAGGAGGAGAUGCCCACGUUUGUGGAUGAGUUGUUGCGGUCAGCUGGGCGAGGGGACAACACAGGCAGCGGUUUCACACCGUGCAAUGCCUGCAAGAAGUCUGAUGGGACACACCGCUAUAAGACCACCACCUUCUGCAUUGUGCAUUCAAACGGCAUUCACGAAGUCAAUCUAGACUACUGUGAAUGUGCCGGUGCACCCAUGCACUCUGUCCAGCUUCUCCGCUCCAAGCUAUACCCCGCAACAACACUUCGUCCCGCUAGCGCUGCAACGUUUGAAGUCCUGCGAGGCUACCAACUGUUAUCAUUUGAAACCAAGUGCUCUGCCUACGAAUUCUACAAUGCACUGGCCCGGAUGACGAACAACAGCGGCAGUUUUCAGCCCCGGGACCGCUACAGUCAGUUCCUUCGAAUGACACGGGAAUGGGCCCAUAUUCAAAUGCUCAAGCGUUUCGGGCGGGCUCAUGAAACAGCCGGCUGCCGAAACAUUCCAGCUGGCUCGUGCGCGGUCCUGUGUCCAGCCUGUCCACAGCCAGGGAAGAACCUUCCACAAGAUGGGUCAUGGCGAGCUGCUCCUCCCCAUCUCCGUUUCCUUUAUGCGCUGUUCUUGGCAAUAGACGCGAACUUCCGCAUGAAGCGCAAGGCAGUGUCUUCGGAAGAGGUAGAUCCCGAUCUGAAUCAAGGGUGCGCCUUCUACAGCCAAAUUGAUGAGUAUAUGGAGCACGUCCGAGCCCACUGGGAUACAGAGCAGGAGAAGAGUAGAUGUGUGUCCCAUGAUGCUGUCAAUGAGCCAAAUCGUGAGGCUCGAGGAACAGCAUCCUCUGGAAUAGGGACGGUAGACUGCGCUCGCCAUAACAUGAAGCGUCCCAAUGGUGUUGUAGACCUGCAGAAAGGAGAGAGAUACAUCAACAUGGACUAUGCCCUGUGGAAGAGCUUGGAUGGCUAUGAUGAGCUAGUCCAGCUUGUGGUUUCGUACGAUAUUGUGUGUCAGUGGAGCCUCAACAUCUGGGAGCGAUUGAAACGAUACAAGCCAUGCCUGCAGGAGCGAGCCAGAAGCGGGGAGCGGUUCUUUCUGUGGCUGAUCCCCAAGUUCCAUCUGCCGGCCCAUAUCGAAGCGUGCAACGUCCUGUAUUCGUUUGACCUGACACCGUUUGUUGGCCGAACAGACGGUGAAGCACCGGAGCGUGGCUGGUCAAACACAAAUCCGUUGGCAGCAAGCACUCGUGAGAUGGGUCCAGGAUCGCGCCGAGAUCACAUUGACAACCAUUUCAACGACUGGAACCACAAGAAGGUGCUGGGGAUGGGGCAGCUGCUCCUGAAACACAUGCAGGACGCUAUACCCCAGAUGGUGAAUCGGAGCAUUGAGCUGCGCGACAUAGAGGAGUCGCUUCCGCAGGACACACUGGCAUCCUGGGUCACACAGAUGGAGAGAUGGGAGAAGGAUGCAUCAGAGCCAAAUCCGUUUGCUGUUGGAGAGAAGCAUGCGUCGCUUCAGGCAGUUCGGGGUCGAAUUGCAGCGGAGACGCAGGCGAUACUCGCUGGCGAUGACAGUGAUGAGGUCCGUGGGGAUCUACACGUGGCAGAGAUGAUUGCAAUGGGAAUGCAGCUAGGAGAGCAGCAGAGAGCACUUGCCAGCGACGUAAAGGCCCUCGGGAUCCACGCCACCGCACGACAGAAGACAUUGAUCCAGGAACGGGGCAAUAAGCUUUGGCGGAAGAUAGCCAGCUGGUUUGCGACACAGGCUACUUUUAUCCCUGAGGUCACAGCUAUUCGGGAGGCAGACGCCGACAAGCUUGCUGCUGCUAGCAGAAUGGAUCCUCUCCCACCAGCUCCGGCAUUCACUGCCAGGCUGUGGCUACCUUCAGAAUUAGUGGGUGAAUCUCGGUGCACGGUCAAGCAUGCAUUUGCACGCUACGAAUUUGACAUGCGAGAGGCAAGAGCCCAUGAGUGCCUGGACGAACUACGUCGCCUGUUGCUUGUGCAGAAGCAUCACUACCAAGCGAAGGAUCGCCACGCAUUUGGCGUCGCAGCCAACACCCGUGCAAAGGAGUCCCUUGACAACAUCCAGCGGCGCAUCAAACGGACUGCAGAAGAAUACCGGGCAGCAAGAGCGGCUCUGGUUGCAUUGGCUCGUCUGUUGGGUGAUGCUGCAUGGUCAAGGAUCCUGCGGCCGCUGGAAGAGAAGGACAUCCGUGGAAUGCCGCAGGCGCUUUUCGCUGAUCCCCAGCGCAAGCAGAAGAAGAAACGUACGCUGCAGACCGUGGAGGAGAGGGAGGCAGAGACUUUAGCCAAAGAGAUGUCAUGGAUCUGGCGAACCAGCCUGAAGCCAGUGGCUGAGGUAGCAUCCUCCUCGCAGAACCCUGAGACCGACAGCACAAGUUUGUCCCCUGCUGUAGCCGAACAUGAAGCACAGCUGCUCACUGCCGGGCUUCGUGUUGAAUGGGCUAAGGCUAGGGCUCGGGCAGGAAGGUGGCGGGAGGAGGUUGAUCUUCUUGAAGAAGAGAUGCGACGUGUGCUAGCGUUUGAGGAGUGGAGGGCAGCAUGGUGGAGAGAACGGAGGCUUGGCCGUGAGGCCGAGGAGCUGGGCCCAGCAAUGGACGAAGCAUUGCACGCGUAUGCUGAAAAGCAGGCACGCUUCCAUGACCGGCGAGCAGGGAAACUGCGUCACAUGUGGAAAUCAGUGCCCGGCUCAAUCGAGACAGGCCGAAAAGGUGUGGUGAGCACGGUUGAGGCCUCAGAUGCUGAAGAGGAUCUGGCCAUAGACUUGGACGUAGAUAGAUGA